GCAAACGUGCCAAGCGGAAGAUCAAGUUGUAUUAGAGCGCCCGGAGUGGGAGAUCCGAACCACAAUACACAGAUAUACAUAGUGUAGAGUGUCUCCAGCAACAACGCCAGAUUACAAAGUUGAAUUAAGUUGAAAUUUGCAGUAAUAAAUCGAAUCAAGUAAAUUAUGCCCGUGACCAAUAAUUUGCAUAGACGCGCGCCCUGUUCGUGUUAACCCACUUUCUAAACGACCCCGAAAGAAAAGAAAGAUAUAUGUACCUUUCGACCGAAUAUCGAAAAUUCAGUAACAACGAAACCAAUUAACAAGCAAAUAAUGUUGAGUAAAUAACAGAAGAAGCAAGUGAUAUUGUUUACUUCAGAGCUCUAGUUUUUUUAGUGCCUAACAAAAAUCGAAAGAAAAUACUCACGCUAAAUCAUCGCAAAAAAAAAAAAGAAAAACCAGAGACGAGACUGGAAAACGCACGGGAAACGACAUUGAUACCGGAACGCAACGCGUCUAUUCCUGUCCCGCAUCCGCACACCGCACCCCCGUCGCCUGUCAGUCAAUUGAAACCGCAGCAACAGCAGGGAGGAGAAGCAGCAGCAACAAUCUGCAGCACUGUAGAGGAAAAACCGGACAAGCCAGCCCGUGAGCCAAUCGAUAGAGAGAGGGAAAAACGUGACAGUGGGGCCAAAAGUUCAAGCAGAAUAUGGCCUAAGACUGUUCGGGAGUAACAGGCAGAACUUGCAACAGCUAAACAGCUAACAGCCAGCACCAUGUCGUCCUCGAUUUGCUCACACUUUACGCAGAAUGCUUGGAAGAAGGAUCUGUGCUCCAACUGCUUCAAGUCCAAGGACGAGCACAAGGCAGCCGCAGCAGCAGCCGCCUCCAAGCAGCAGGGGGGGGCCAGCAGCAGCCACAAACAGCCAGAGGUGCAGCCCAAGACGGACUAUCCCAACAAGCACAGGACCCCGGCCAAGAGCAUCAUCAAGAAGGCCUUCGGGGUGAGGCUGACCAGCAGCAAGUCGAGCGGAAGCGGCCACAGCAGCUCCAAGAGCGGCAAGGUGUGCUUCCCCAAGCAGCUGCACGAGAUCAUUGGCUAUGGGGGGGAAUGGUCGGACGACGACGAUGACGACGAUGACGAUCAUGACUUUAUGAAUCUCGGCAACGAGCACGAUGACAUGGCCAUCACGGAGACCGACGACGAGGAGACCAUUGAGCUCAAGCGGAUUACGCGUGCCAACACCGACUUCAACAUGAACAAUGGCAAUCUGCUGGGCGAUGCCCAGGAGAACAUCAAGAAAUCGUUCGCGGCCCUCAAGCUGGGCGCCCCCCAGGUGGACAAGGAGGGCAAGAAGCAAACGCUCACCAUCAAUGUGAUGCCCUUUGGACAGCCCCUAAAGGGAUCAUCAGCCAAGGCGGCAACAGGGCCAGCGCCAGGGCCAGCAAAGGGUGCUCCCCAGGAGAGCAAAACUACGGUGACAGCGGCCACCACAGCCAAGGCCAAGACGGCCACAAUAACCACAGCCAUCAAGAGCAGCAGCAGCAGCAGCAGCAGCACGGUUACCAAGAAGGUGACCACCACCCUAACGCCCACGCUGACCAUGGCCAAGGUCACGCCAGCCGCCACACCCUCGCGGGACGGCAAGGCCAGUCCGCCCAUAGAGCGAGCCAUGGAGAAGUCCCUGCUGGACGAGAUCUCCGAGACCCUGGAGCAAAAGCAAAAGCAGAGCGAACAGAUCACAGCGGCCGCAGCCACAGCCACCGUGGCAGGUGGCAACAACAACAGCAACAGCUCCUCCUCUGCCUCGUCGACUGCCAGCUGCAACAAAAUCAAAUUCGAGCUGAGCGCCCUGAGCGACUCGCCGAAGCCAUUUCUCGACCUUAAGAAGCCCAUCGCGCGGAACGCGCCCAUAACCAAGGACCACGCCAAGCCGCGGGUGAACGUCUGCCACAAGUACUCGGACACGGACAGCAACUGCUCGGACACGGAGAACGGGGUGUCGGCCUACUACGAUGUGGUGGAGACGCAGCUCAGCUACGAGAAUCUGCCCGAUGGCAAGUACAGCGAACAGGUGGGCGUGGCCAGUGCCGCCCCGGCGGAGAGCAGCGCGAGCACGGCCCACUACUCGAGCUCCCAGUACAUCACGGACAUGCUGCUCAGCUCGAAGACGCGGGCGGCCAGCUACAACCUGCACGAGGGCAACUUCAUGACCAGCAAGAUCACCUCCGACGGCCUGAUCGUGACCAAGUGCAGCUCGGACGAUGCCCUGGACUCCACCGGCAGCAGCUUCGACGGCAGCUCCGACGAGGAGAACGCCUACAACAUGAUCCGCAGCGAGUCGGACUCGGGCAUUGGCAUCAGCAUCGGCAGCGAGUACAAGAAUGCGGGCGGGGCCAAGGGAGCCGGAGCCGCCGGCCAGCUGCUGGUGGAGAAGAAGCUCAGCGCCAGCACCAAUAACUCCGACUACGAGGACAUCCAGAUUGGAGACCAGGCGGCGCCCAAGCCGGCGGUCAAGAGUCGGGAGCUGCACGGCGAGCCCGACGGCAGUGCCGAUCCGGACAACAGUCUGGAGCAGAAGCAACAACAGAAGCAGCCACAGAAGGAGACGGAGGCCACUGGACAGCAGCUGCCGGCGCUGCCCAAGUCCCCGCCGCCACCCAUGAAGAUGGAUGCCCGGCCCUCGUUCCUGCACGGCCUCAAGAAGCCAGAGCUCCCGGCCAAGCCACAAGUCAACAACAGCAACAGCAACAACAACAGCAGUCCUGGGGGAAGCCUCAGCGCGGGGCACACGCCACUGAAGAGCUUCUUGGGGAGCAAGCGGCAGCCGAGCUGCGCCGAGCAGCAGUUCAUCACACAGCUGCAGUCGGCCAUCUCCAAGUCGAGCGAGAAUCUGUUACUUGCCGCAGCCGCAGCCUCGGCCUCAGCCUCGGCCGCUGACUCAGCGAAAGAUGCGGAGGCAAAGCUAAAGAAGGGCAAAGCACCGAAUCCGCCGCCAGAGCCAAAGCUGAGCGCUCCGCCCACGCCAGAGCGCGACUACAGCCUGGUAGUCGAGUUCGAGCAGGCCUCGAAGGUGGCCGCAACGGAGCCAUCGCUGACAUCGCCAUUGUCAUCGGCCAAGCCAGCGGAAGCGGCCACGUCAGCCAGUGCCAGUGCCAGUGAGACAUCCGCCGGGGAGACCACUCAGCCGCAGUCCACACCCACACCCACACCCCCAGCAGCAGCAGCCGUAGCGGCGGCCAUCAACAGCAGCCUGUAUACGAGGAAACCACCGCUGCCGGUGGCGGCCGGAGGAGCACCCGUCAUCCGGGAGAAGGACAAGCGCGAGCGGGCCGUCAUCAAUCCCAAGUUCCGGAGCCUCAACACCUUCGUCAUGCAGCGAGCCAAUGCGGCCAAGCAGCUGCAGAUGCAGUCCGCCAGCUCGGUGCUGAAUCUCAAGCAGCCACUCACGCCGGAGCCGAUGCCGCGCAACCACCGGCACCUGUCCAUGUCCGAGGAGUGCCUGGCCGCCGCCGGGCUGGCGGACAGCAAGAAGUCGCCGCCGUCGUCGUCGUCGUCGAACUCCUCGCCGCCCCAGAAGCAAAAGUCCAAGUUCUCCAUCAAGAAGUUCCUUCGCAUGGGCAGCAACGGCGGCAGCAAGUCCUCGGAUCCGCUGCACAAGAAGGACUCCAGCAUCUACACGGAGAUCUGCACGGGCGACGAUGGCAGUGUGCCCGGCAAGCCGCGACUCGUCAUCAUCCAUCCGAUCGACAUCAAUCCCACGGCCGUCGAGGUGGUCAAGGACAUCACCAAGACCAGCGAUGCGGUGUCCUCCCAGACGGUGGCCGUCGUCACGGCCAAGCCCCCGGCUCCGCCCCUACGCGCCAGCGAGGGACAGCGUGCCCAUGAGGCCAACAAGCCGGCACGCCCACCGCCGCCCAAGAGCGCCGAGCUGCGACGCAAGCAGAAGACCGAGCUGACGGCCACGUUGAGUGGCAGCAGCGUGGACUCUGCCACGACUAUGGUGGCCAGCACCGGAUCCAUCAAGCUGAAGGCCGACAAUGUCUAUGCGAAUUUGGGAGAAAUCCGCUCCUCGAUAGCCCCACGCAAGCCCGAGCGUACGGCCAGCAUGAGGGAGCGCGAGGCGCAGCUGGAGCUAGUGCGGAAGCGGGGAAUACUAACCGAUACUAUCUCCAUUUGCUCGUCAAACGGUGAGAAUGUAACAACGGAUCCAACCAAGUCGUCGCUCAAGACGAACAACCACGGACAGGAUGGGGGAAAAUCAUUGAAUGUGGCCUCCACGGCCAACAGUCGGACGAGCACCUUUGAGCGCCAGCCGCAGAAGAAGAGCGAGCCGAAGAUGGCCAUCUCCAGCAAGCUGGAGAUCUUCGAGCAGCGAUCCAGCGAUGCCACGGACACGGCGGCCCAGCGCAGCAGCCUCAAGGAUUCGGUGCGCAAGAUCAACAGCACCAUCGACAGCUAUCUGAAGGACAAGCGCGACUAUGAGAACCUGUACGAGUUCGUGAAGAUGGGCAACGGCAGCACAUCGCCACAGCCCCCAACGGGAGCCACUGCGCCGGCCACAGCAUCGAUGCCACCGCCACCGCCCACACGCACCAACAUCGAUCUGGCGGCAGUGGCGGGACAGCGCCUCACCCAGGCCACGCGACGCAACAACAACAUCUACUCGGACACGGCCUCCAUAGCCAGCUACACGCGCAGCGAAUACGGACCCGUGCGCCACUACGGACUGAACAACAGCUUGGCCAACAUUCCACGGAUGAUCUCUGCAUCGUAUGCGGGCAGCGAGGUGGGAGAGUUCGAUAUCUAUGCGCCGUACAGCUACUACGGCAGCGAGGCGGGCGGCGAUGUGGCCACGGAUAUCAAUGACAGCGUCUGGGGCAUGCCACAGGCAAACAAGAACCGCAGCAAGGCCACGAAUCGUUUGCGCAUGCGCAAGGGACGCAGUGUCGUGCACAAGACCAUCGAGGAUAACUACACCGCCGUGGUGGUGGCCAAUCAUGAGGCCCUCGCCCAGGUGCUCGAUCAGCUCCAGCAAACUCCAGUGGUUCCAGCGGCACUGCGACCUCUGGCCAAUGCCAUCAACUUGCGCUACGAGGACUUUACCAUCCUGGAGGGUGCCCAGGCAUUUGUCGUGGGCAAAAAGGCCUUCCAUGCCGCCCUCUGGACCUCAUCGCCCGUUACCCUGGCCCUGUCCGCCGACUGCAAUCAGCUGUCCGGCGUGGGAGGUGAGCUGAGCCAGUUGACUGGCGGCGUCAGUGAAGUGCUCAAUCCCAUAACCGAGUUCUGCGACCUGGUGCCCAGCUACCAGCUGCCGCUGAUGCCCUCCACGGAGGUGACCCUGCUGCAGGCCACCAUCUCGGUGUUGCCGCGCCUCCAGCUGGAGACACUGCAGUCGAUUGGGGCCAUACUCAAGGGCAAGUCGCAGGUGCUGGACAAGAGCAACUUCAACUUCCGCGGCUCCAUUCCCAACCUGAGCGGCCUGAAGGACGCGGCCGCAGGCAGCGCCCUGAGGAACGUGGUCUCUGUGCAGAAUCUGAGUACGCUGAACGAGGAGUCCAUAGGCACGACCAGUUCUGGAGAGGAUGGCACGGCCAGUGCGAGUGCCAUGCCCGCAUUCGACGAUGUGAUGACGCGGGAGGUGGCCUUCAUAAUGCUGCAGCUGGUCAACGGGAUGAAGAAUCUGCAGGCCAAGGCCAUUGAGGAGACGCCGCUGAGUCUGUCCAAUGUGGUGCUGUCCAAGGACAUGGACAACAAGGAUGCCCAGGCGCGUCUCUGCGUGCUGCAGGGCAACAACAACGAGGAUGAGGAGCCGAUGGGCACGCUCUGCAAGUGCGCCCACUCCGCCCUGACCGACAUGCUGCCUGCCACCAAGAUCACGCCCAUUCUGGCGGACAUCCUGCAGCAGGAGCGUGCCGAGUCGCUGUCCAAGGCCAAGUCCGUGCUGGAGUUUGUGCUGUGGGGCCCCUCGGACGUGGCCCUCACGGGCUCCGUCAAGGAGCGAGAGCUGGCCCUGCAGCGCUGGCUGGAUCUGGAACGGGCCACGGUCCUCCAUGGCCUGGUCCGCACCCGGGUCGAGCUGACCGUCUACGACGAGUGUCAUCUGAUGUUCCUCGUCCGUUCCACUGCCAAGAUGAUGAAUGACGCGGCCAAGAUUGUCUGCAGCUAUCAGCAAUCGACGUCGUCGGUUAGCCAGGACUAGCUACCGAUGUUCUAGUUAACGUAACGCAAUUCUUAAAGGAAUUUUCAUAUAUUUAUUAUACGAAAUUGUCAUAGACAUUUAGUCCAUAGAGUCAAAACAUGAUAUAUCAUGAUAAACAUACGAUAAUCGAACCUUAUACUUAUACACCAUUAUCUUUGCCUAGCGUGCCAAAUUGUUUCGCGCGGAAAUUGUCAUGUAUAAAUAUACCUAUUAAAUGCAUCCCUAAACGAUUUGUGCAACUUUAAUUAAUUUGUAAUCUAAUUGUAAGUCAUUAAUCUAUACGAAUAUUUAUACAUAUAU